AUGCAACCCAAGAGUCUUCAACAUGAUGAACUGGCCGCGCUGAUUCCUGAUGGUCGUCCGGGCGCAUCUCCCCUUGUUGCGAUAGUUGGUAUGGCAAUGAGACUCCCCGGCGGUGUUCGGACAACCGAAGACUUCUGGCAGUUUUUGAUAAACAAAAGGGAUGGACACUGCGAGGUUCCCAAGAUGAGAUAUGGGAUAGAUGGUUUCUACAACGCACACGACGAACGUUACACCCAUACAAGACAUGGUUACUUUCUGCCUGAAGACCCGGCCUACUUCGACGCGCCGUUUUUCUCGGUGACUGAGCAGGAUGCAUCUACUAUGGAUCCACAGCAGCGAUUGCUCUUAGAGGUGGUAUGGGAGUGUCUUGAGAAUGCAGGGGAAACAAAUUGGGAAGGUAAAAAUAUUGGCUGCUAUGUCGGUGUAUUCGGGGAAGACUGGCUAGGUCUCUCUCAUGGAGAUCCACUCAGUAUUGAUAGAUCUCAUGCAAUAAGCACAGGAAGCUAUGCCUUGGCUAAUACAGUUUCAUAUAAGUUUGAUUUGCGCGGCCCAAGUAUGACUAUCCAGACAGGGUGUUCAUCGUCAAUGGUUGGAAUCCAUGAAGCAUGCCAGUCGUUGGCUACCGGAGCAUGUUCAUCAGCCAUUGUUGCUGGUACAAAUCUGAUCCUCAGUCCAUCAAUGACGACAAGUAUGUCUGGUAACAUGGUGCUGUCAACUAGUGGCGUAUGUCGGACAUUUGAUGCAGAAGCUGACGGCUAUGGACGUGGCGAGGCAAUAAAUGCCCUUUAUCUGAAGCCGCUUGGGGACGCAAUCAAGGCAAAUGAUGCAAUCAGAGCGAUAAUUCGCUCAACUGCGGCUAAUUCUGACGGAGGAACAUCAAGUAUUGCCGUUCCCUCAAUAAUAGCCCAGGAACACCUGAUCUUGGAUGCUUAUCGGAGAGGAAAUAUCAAUGACCUAUCAGAAACUGCCUUUGUCGAAUGCCAUGGAACGGGCACACGCGCGGGGGAUCAAGUUGAGACAACAGCAGUGGCCAACGUGUUUGAGGGACAGGAGAUUGUGAUAGGAGCAGUAAAACCUAAUUUUGGACAUUCAGAAGGUGCAUCGGGAAUCACAAGCGUGAUUAAAGCUUGGCUUGGUGGUCCCAGUAGAGCCUAUGAACUGGCCGGCCGGCGUCGAAGAAGGGUCAGCGUGAAUGCCUUCGGCAUCGGUGGCACCAAUGCCCAUGUUAUCCUGGACUCUGCGCACGAUGUAUGCGCAAAAGACCCGGCACAGGGUUGUAUUGGCCCCGAAAAUGAUGUCAAACUUCUUGUUAUUUCGGCCCAAGAUGCGAAAAGUCUAAAGGCUCGCAUCGAUCAGGUAACAGAUUAUGCGAAUCGCCAUCCCGAAAGGAGCCAAGACCUUUCAUUCACCUUGGGUGUACGGCGAAAACAUUUAGCACACCGCGCGUUUGCUGUUUAUGAUCCAACAUCUCCCCUCUCACCUUCUGAUUUUCAGUCUGCUCAUCCACACGUAUCGGCUCAGUUAACAUUUGUAUUUACAGGCCAGGGAGCUCAGUGGCCUGGUAUGGGCCAAGGAUUGAUCAAGGCAUAUCAAUGUUUUAAAAUGGACAUACUAGAGCUAGAAAACGUCCUAAGGAGUAUUGAAGACCCACCCCAAUGGUCCCUGAUGGAGGAGCUUAGCUGUGCCACAGCGUCACGCAUUAACGAAGCUGAAUUCUGCCAACCACUAUGUACCGCGGUACAAAUUGGCGUGGUUAACCUGCUUGCGGCGUGGGGCAUAAGGCCAGCCUCUGUGGUUGGCCAUUCUAGCGGAGAGAUAGCAGCGGCUUAUGCGGCUGGUGCAAUAUCAGCUAGGUCUGCGAUCAUCCUUGCAUACUAUCGCGGAAAGCUAGCACAGGCUCAGAAAGGCACCGGCGGUAUGGCAAGCAUUGGACUUGGCAGUGACGAGGUGUCUCCGUAUCUUGUUGAUGGAGUUGUAAUUGCAUGCAAAAAUAGCCCGCAGAGUGUCACAAUUUCUGGGGAACAAGGUCAAAUAGAUCAGAUGGUGAGAAACAUCCAGAAUGAUCUCCCGGAUACGUUCUGCAGAAAGCUCCAAUUGGACAUGGCAUAUCAUUCACAUUACAUGGCGGCCGUGGGACCCAUUUAUGAGAAGUCUAUAUCAAAUCACCUCCAGCUCCAUCAGCAGAUGCUGCCUAUGUUCUCAAGUGUUGAUGUGAGGAUGAUCACAGACCCUCAAACCUUGAAUGCUGCCUACUGGCGACGGAACCUCGAAUCUACCGUUCUUUUCUCAGAUGCUAUCAGUUCCCUAUUUGCUGAGAGGCAUAAAAAACAUAUCCUGGUUGAGAUAGGACCGCACUGCGCCUUAUCAGCACCCAUACAGCAGAUUAUCCGAGCCUAUGACUUGAAAAUAUGUCCUGCAUAUAUACCAACUUUAUUUCGCAACGAUGCCAACUGCCAGCAUCAGCUAUUAACUUCGGUUGGUAGUAUUCAUAGAAACGGGGCCUUUGUAGAUUUACUUGCGGUGAAUGGAACCGGGCAUGUUCUGACUGACAUCUUACCAUACCCAUGGCAACAUGGUACGAGAUACUGGAAAGAAAGCCGUAUGGUACGGGAAUGGAGACUUAAUGAGGUGCCGCCUCAUGAGCUGCUUGGCUCGAGGAGUACCGAGUCCACGAGCUUAGAGCCUGCAUGGAGGCAAUUUAUAAGCCUAGAGAAUAUUCCCUGGUUAUCCGAUCAUAUUAUUCAAGGCAAAGUGGUUUUCCCAGCUGCGGCAUAUAUCGCUAUGGUGGGCGAAGCUAUUUUACAGCUGUCACCUGGCGUCGUUAGUUAUACUGUCAGAAACGCCAUAUUCAAGGCUCCAUUGGUGAUAGAAGAAUCUGAGAACGUGGAGGUCAUUACAACUUUGAGGCCAGCUCGACUAAAUGAUUUGGCGGAUUCAGAAUGGUUUUCAUUUACCAUCGCAUCGUAUGACGGUACUAAUUGGAUAAAAAACUGCAGCGGUCAGGUCCGAGCUGGAGCUUGUGGAAACAUUUCUCCUGUGAGUAUAAAGCCAUACGCACGUCGCGUAUCCUCCAGCAAGUGGUACGAUACCCUAGCGAGCUUGGGCCUCUCUUACGGAGCUCAGUUCAGAGGUCUACAAGAUAUCUCAGUUGAUCCUAAGGGCAGCAGAGCUGUGGCUAAAGUCAAUAACAAGGCAGGCUCCCCUGCAUGUCGAUACAGCCUUCACCCAACCAUGAUCGACCAGUGCCUUCAAGUAAUGAGCGUUGCUGGAGCUGCUGGCCUCCCACGGCGUAUUGCCACAGGAGCAAUACCGGCCUCCAUCGAUCAAAUAUUCAUUGGGGAAGGAGAAAACCACAUGGAAGCCACGGUUGAUACGGUCCAAGAAUCUGGUAGCAGCUUGGUCGGUGAUGCAACGGCAAUACUUGGGGAUAAGGUGGUGCUGAAGAUGAAACGAGGCUUGUGUUUCGCGCUGGGAAACAAGAAUGACUCAAUAUCUCCGCAGACUCCGUUGGUAGCACGGAUCCAAUGGAAGCCGGACCCUGACCUCUGCAAACCCGAAGAUCUAUUACCACGAGCAGCUACAUCACUAGGGCGACUGGAUCAGAUGAAGAAAUUAGGUCAAGUCUCGCUUUUAUACAUUCUUGAGACAGCCGAAAGGAUCAAACCCCUGGUACCACAAUCUACCCAUGCUUCUAAGUGGAAAUCCUGGAUACUAUACGAAGACGCUGCUGUUCGAAAUGGAGAACAUACGCUUUUGCCCGAGUCUAAGGCAUGGGCGACACAAUCAAGUGAGGAGCGCCAGGCCCUUAUAAAGAAACUCAGUACUACACAGGCAGACCAGCCUGGCGAGCAUAAUAUUAUAAUCACUUGUACUGAAGUAAUAUAUGAAAAUUGCUUAGAGAUCAUGGCCAACAAAAUCUCUACCCUAGACCUACUGAUGGAGGAAAACCGGCUUGGUCGUAUAUACCAGUUUGACCAGGAAAACAGCGACUGGAGCAUCUUUAUAACUUAUCUCAGUCACUCAAACCCAUGGCUGCGAAUUCUUGAGAUUGGCGCUGGAACCGGAAGCGCCACAGCUGAAGCUUUACGCUCGCUGUGCGUAUCGGGGAUGCCUAUGUACUCCAAAUAUACAUUUACCGAUAUCUCUCCCGGGUUUAUGACAGCUGCCCAGGGUAAGUUCCGGGAAAACGUGAAUAUGGAGUAUAAGGUUCUCGACAUUAGUAGCGAUCCUCUCAAGCAAAGCUUUGUGGGUCAAUCCUUUGACCUUAUCAUAGCAUCAAAUGUGCUCCACGCGACCCCUGUUCUGAAGCAGGCUCUCAAAAAUGUGAAACGCUUGCUAGCUCCACACGGCUGGUUGCUACUUCAUGAGUUGGCUCCAGUGAUGCCAUACGUCGAUUAUAUAAUGGGCACCCUUCCCGGAUGGUGGAUAGGUGAGGAUGACGGGAGAAUAAAUAGACCCUAUAUCAGCCCAGAGGACUGGGAUAAGAAGUUACAAUACGCUGGGUUCACAGGAACUGAGGCAAUACGCUAUGAUUCCGAUACUUACCACCUAUGCGUAGAUAUAAUCACUCGUCCUGCUCCGGUUGAGACCGCCACGCAACCGAUAGUACUGUUGACAGAUGGCUCGCCGGAUCUUUGGGCUGGCAAAGUGUUCUCAGAGCUCGAGAAGCAGAAUUUCAUUGUGGAAUGGGGGAAAUUAGAAGAGGCACCUAGUGGUCAUGCGUGUGUCGUGUUCUUGUUAGAGCAUCGGGAUCCCUUUCUCGCGAAACUGUCUGAAAAGCGAUACCAUUGCCUGCAAAAGUACUUGAUGGGCGUUGGUCAGUCCAAGUUGCUUUGGGUGACAAAAACGACGCAAUUCGACUGUAAAGACCCGGACUGUGGCCUAGUACUAGGGUUUGCGCGGACCCUGAGGCAAGAAAUGAUGCUCGACUUUUACACUCUCGAGAUCGAUGUGUUCGAUACGGAGUCCGCGAAGGCAGUGGGUCCGAUCGUGCGAAAGAUCUUGAAACCUACCAAUAGAGACAAUCAAGACCCAAACUAUGAGUAUGCCUAUCACAAUAACACUGUGUUUACUAGCCAGUGCUACUGGGGCGCAGCAGCAAAUAUUUUGCGCCCAUCGAAACCAGACACUGGCAAGAAGCUGAGCAUGAGUAUCCCUGGCCUCCUUGAUACCUUGGAAUGGCUUGACAGUAGUUAUGGUAGUCUUGGGCAAGAUGAUGUUGAAGUUGAUAUUGACCUUCUCUUCCAGUUCAUGUUAUGGCAUGACGAAGGUAAAAUUAAACCAAUUCGCCCGACUACAGUGUUUGCAGCCUGCGAGGCAAUUGAGGCAUUCCGACUUAUGCAGCAGGGCACACACAUAGGAAAGAUUUUAAUAAGGAUGCCUGAUGAUGCGAGCCAGCUAUCCCAGCGGCCUAGUGAGGUGGAAGUAUUGUUUUCAUCCACUGCAUCAUAUCUCCUAGUAGGCGGCCUAGGAGGCUUGGGCCGUGCAGUUUCCAGAUGGAUGGUAGAACAAGGAGCACGUUAUUUAGUUUACCUUUCUCGCACCGCAGGCUCCACCGAAGAGCACAGCGAAUUCAUUCAAGAAUUAAACGCCAUGGGGUGCCACGUUGAAUGCAUUCAAGGGAGCGUGACAAGAACUGAAGAUGUGCAGGCUGCGAUUUCCAGAUGCAAGAGCCCAUUGAAAGGGGUUUUCCAAAUGUCGAUGUCAUUAAAUGACCGCCCAUUCCCUCAUAUGAGCUACGAAGAAUGGAGCUCUUCGUUGUCCCCAAAGGUUCAAGGGACAUGGAAUCUUCACAAUUCAGUGUUACAAGAGGAUCUAGAUUUCUUCGUUCUGUUCAGUUCUGCAGUAGGCAUUUGUGGACAUGGGAGCCAGGCCAAUUAUGCAGCUGCGAACACAUUCCUUGAUGGUUUUACACAGUAUCGCCGACGAUUGGGCCUUCCAUCCUCCGCCAUUGCCCUCGGCGCUGUAGGCGAGACUGGUCUGGUCGCUCGGGAGGCGAAGGUCAUGCAAGCGAUGCAAUCAAUUGGUAUCUGGCUGCUAAAUGAGGACGAAGUUCUAGAAGGAUUAAAAAAGUGCAUUGGGGAGUCCAAUACAGUUGAUUGCACAGAGUCCGCCGCUCGACUUUCGGCACCAUUGAUCAUUGGACUCGGCAACAACAAGUCGCUAUCUAAUCCCGAUAUACAGACCAUGUGGCGUCGCGAUGCUCGGUUCGCAUCCUACACAAACCUUGAUUCUAUAUCUGUUAAACAGGAGAGCGGUUCCAGUGUUAAUAAAAUACGAGAACUGAUCAUCAAGGCGGAGCUAGAUCCUUUGAUCCUUCUACAAAAAGAAACCGAGACGACUAUUACCCAGGAACUUAAUCAGUUGAUUGCGAAGAGUCUGCCAGGAGCGCAGGACAUGGACGAUGAAGCGAAAACCAGUCUUGCUAUAGAUUCUCUCAUGGCCAUAGAGGUCAGGAAUUGGAUCCGACGGAACUUGCAGGUUGAGAUUAGCUUGCCUGAAAUUUCGAGGGCGCGCACAGCCGGAGGCCUGAUAGACAUGACCCUUACACGUCUGAAAAUGCGAUACCAAGUUUCAGAUACGGAGGGGACGCAAAAUGCGGUCGCCGAAACGUCUUUCGACUUGGACACAUCACGUUGA